AUUGUUUGUUUUCCUUUUUUAUGCCUUUUUAAAUGGAUUUUGCCAAGAAAAUACUCGGAAAAUACGGCUGGAAGGAGGGCGACGGGCUGGGCAAGAACAACACGGGCAUCGCUGCUCCUCUAAAAGCCAGUUUGAAGUUCGACAACGCGGGAUUGGGAGUGGAUCGCGCCAAGGAAUUCAAUGACCACUGGUGGGAGCGAUGUUUCAACGAGGCGGCCAGCAAUGUGGAUGUCCAAAUCGGGCAGGAUGGCAAGGUGCUGACCGCCAGGAAGCAGGGCGAGGAGGCGGUGGAGAUCUCCACCAGCGGCUUCUCCGCCAGGAAACUCAAGAGGGCCAAGGAGCAGCACGAAAGCGACGGAAGAGCCACCUACGACAACUUUCUGCAGACAUCGCUGCUCACCCAGGAAGGCGGCGAGGUGGAGACCUCCGAGCGCAUCAAGGUGGAGGACAUCGAGGUCACCAAAGUGACGGUGCUCACCGACGAGGAGCUCUUCAAGGCCUGCGGCGGCCGGACGGCGCACAAGGGAGCCCGGCAUGGCCUCAAAUUGAGCGGGAAGAUCGCCCGUUUGGAGCAGCAGGAGCGCGAGAUGCUGGAGAAGCUUCAGGGCAAGCUAAGGCCUAAUCCUGGAACAGAUUCCGACCAGAAAUCCAAUGUGGUAUCCCAAAAACCAGAGGAAGAUACAGUUGAGCAGCUGGAGAAGCCCAAAAAGAAGAAAAAGGCUAGGAAAGAAGCGUCUUUGGAGGAGGAAGCAGUUGACCAGCUGGAGGAGCCCUUAAAAACCAAAAAGAAAAAGAUGGACAAGGCGGAGAAAUCAGAAGAGGUUGUUCCAAGCGAGGAAACCCAAGAAGAACCUGUAAAGAUUAAAAAGAAAAAGGAUAAAACGAAAAAGUCAGUAGAGGAAGUCCAAGAAGAUACAGAAAACCAAGUGGAAGAGCCUGUAAAGACAAAAAGAAAGAAGGAUAAAAAAGCGGAGAAGCUACAAGAAGUGUUAGAAGCAACUGAAGAACCUGUAAAGUCCAAAAAGAAGCGGAAAAAUGAGGAUUCCACUGAGGAAACCGAAAUCCCCAUAAAAAACAAAAAGAAGAAAAGGAACCAGGAAGAAUAACAAUAGUUUUAAGCUAGUCUAAGAUAAACUAU